UUGAUGUAUUAUGUUGAGAUCAGUGAUAUAUUUAUUCCAUUUUUCAGCUGUCUUAUCGUAGUUUUAUAACAGGAAAGAAAUCUGAUCGUUGAUGCGAAGACUAGAUAAAGUCAUGUGAGGUUGUUUUACUGCAUCAAAUGGUGCUGAGGUCGAUUCCAGAAUUUUCCAUUUGCGCCAUUUGUGUCUGCAUGGCGGACUGCAUUCGUAAGUUGAGAAAGAUGUUGAAAAACCGUUUGAAAACCAGUUGCUUCUUCAUUUCAGAUCAUGAAUACUCAUUUACAGCAUGUUCACCAGCGUGUUCAAAUGGUAGAAUUGGAUCGUUCAUGGAAUUUGAGUGAUUUUGGGAUAAAUGGUUUGGAAUUAAUCAUAGCAGUUAGAAUACAGUUAAACAUGCAGAGAAGUACUUUUGAUUCAGCAACCGGUGAAUUUUUUAUUUUUUUCGAUAACUGUGAACCAUUCCAUUCAAUAUGUCGAAUAAGGCAUGCAGGGGCAGAUCAUUACCGUCGAAUAAAUCAACUUGAUCUGAGAUGCAGCUUUCAGCAUGUUUUCGUUAUAUCAUAGACAUCCAGGUUUAUUGGUGUUGUAUAGCCAGCGAUUUGGAUUAUGACGUAUUCUACAGAGUCUCCGUGCCCAUUUGAAGUACACACAUGCUUUGAAAGGAUUACUUUGUUGGCUCCUACCCCCACUGAAUGUUAACAACAGCUGCUGUGGGUUUACGCAUUUCCUCGCCGUUUUGGAUAGAACAUCGCCGCAUUCUUUUUGGGUAGGAGACCAGUUGGUGGAUGAUAAAUGAUAUCCAAGUAACUUUUAUCUUUUCAUGUGGUGUUGCGGUUAUGUCGAGAAUUGGGGACGGAUGGGCUUUGGUGUUAUUGGAGAACCACUCACUCAGGAGUUCACUAAUGAUCUGGGGAUCAUAAAUUAUACCUUCGUGUUAUGAACGACUGAUAUUGUUUUCUUCAACCUUCUUCAGCCGUUUUUGCAAGAUUUUGCAGAGUUCCUGGGUUUUAGAGGUGACCUCUAGGGCUUUAUUUUCCUCGACUUGUGCUUUCAUUUUAUGUCUCUCAUCUAAAUUUUUAAAUUUUCCGUGUAUCUGAUGUAAUGCAUUAAAUUCUUUGUAUACGUGAAAUUUGUUUUUUAGUUUCCUUAGUUUUAUUCGCGUUUUGCGGUCUAUGAAUAGAGUUGGUGUCUUUAGGGCAGAUUUCAGGGGCGCGAUUGUGUCUCUCACCGAACUGAUUGUCUUGUAGGAGGUAUUUAGUAUUACUUCUAAGUUAUUAUUGGUGAAGUAUUCACCCCAAUCAGAGCUUUUCAAGAGCCUUGGUAGGAAUUCCCAAUCGGCAUUUCGAUAGUCCCUAUAUUGAUAGUAAACCGGGGAACUCUUAGGUGUGUGUUUAGUUGUUAGUUGUAAGGGUAGGGUGCAGUACAGUAUGUUGUGGACACUGUUGUCGAGUUUAUCCCUCACCUCUAUCGAGAUCGGCUCUAUUUUGUGACAGAGGAUUAAGUCGAGUAUAUUGUUGUGUCGUGUUGGGAGGCGUACGCACUGCUUCCAUCCUCCUACAUCUAUGGCUUCUAGGAUCACCUCGUAGGUUCUCGGUCCAGUGCAGGUAUCCCAGUUCACUCCAGAGAGGUUGAAAUCGCCACAAACUAGUUUGUAGUCGAAUUCCAGCUUAGGUACAACCUCUAGUAUUUCUCCGAUAACCGUAUCAGUCGUUAUAGGGCU